AUGGUCAUUUGGCUGGAUUAUCACCCAACGUCCAUUCCAGAAACCAUUUUCCCUCGGAUCAAUCAGGUCUCCCAUCAUAUUAGAGUAGUACUCGCCAAUCUUGGUGAUUAUGCAAUGCAUGCUGCUACCAUCCCCGUGGAAUGUUUUAUGCUGUGCGAGGUCUGCUUUCUGGCUGGCUUCUCGAGGCAUUUACUCAAUCCGUUCGACAUAUCCACUGCACUAUCGAAAGAUUUGGAUCGUAUCAUUAAAUUGGUUAUCAGCAGGCUAUCUCACGACCAAAUGCCAUUGGGAUAUUUUCUUCGCAGGGUCGUUUUGUGGCUCCGAGGGGACCUGAGGCAAAGAAACCACCUAACCCCAGUCAGCAAGAUGGCAGACACAUUUGAGACGCUGCGUUUCAAAAUUUCACUGGAGGAACGCCCGGACGAUUUUCUCAUGCUGCUGGCAAGCUCUGUUGUUGAGGUAUGUGAUACUCUCAAUCACACAAAUGCUGAACAGCUUGCCGUUGCAACAACCGAUAUUGCAAAAGAAAACCCGAAUCGAGAGGAACAGCGCCGGCACAUAAGAUACCGUCUUCUUGAGAGUCUUCGACGUCUAUUCUCCUCCAUGGAACCUUCAUCGACCCUGCUACGCAGGACUAAUUCGGUGAUCGUGCGUCGCCUUUUAAGAGUCAUGACGCCAGAGGAGUUUGCGACUCAGAAGUGGUUCGAUAUGAAGCAGAAGCUGUCCUCUGACGAACUAGGUCCCCUUGAUUUUGAUGAGAAAGCGGCUUAUAUGUGUCUCAUAGCGGAACUGCUUUGGGAAUACCGAGGCCCGAGGUACUUCCUGGAUUUGCAGAACGUCUUUUCCACUGUGAUUACCGAGUGCUUAUCUAUGAGGAUAAAAGCGCGACAGUCAACUGUUCUGCAAAGAGACCGGGCAGGUAUACAUGCUUUGUCCCGUAGUAGUUACAUUUCCGGUAGCUUUGGAAGGGACGUUAUCUCCAAAAGCAAGAACAAAGUAGAUAGACAUCUCAUUACUCCGCUCGACUACAUAUGGGCAAUCACUCUCCUGGUUGCCCAAGUGACGUCCGACCCUAGGCAACGGUGGAAGACUUCGCGCAUUGGUGAUUCCCACAUCUGGCCUCUGGAUCUUUGUCAACGUGAAUGGAGCCUUCAUCUUGUCUCAAGCGUUAGCAAAAUCUACAAACGUCUUCGUGCUGACCAAGGUGAUGAAUCGGUUAGAUAUGCGCGGUUUCUCAAUUCCUUCGCGGAUCUGAGCGUUAGGUACUCUUUGAUGAACAUAUACUCGAAUCUGGAGGACUGGGAAAGGCUUCAAUGUGAGCUUGUGACGGUUUUACCAUGUGAUGACAUGUUGCGCUUCUGCAGCACACCGAAGGCGUUUCCAUGGGAGGCUGAAUUAAUCGCUAGUGUGGAAGAACAUGCAUCGUCACCACCACCGUACACACCCCAACACAAGGGCCAAGAGGUCUUUUGGCCUUUUCUGUUCUCAAGACUGUUCAAGGCGGCCAGAGAUUUGAUGGCAGGCCAAGUUUCGCACACUUCAGGGGUAUCCGAAGCGUCCUCGGAGCCUACUCGGCUUCAAGAAUAUGAGGCUAAAAGUCAAAAUGCCGCCGCAGAAAUCGAGGCUCGGCUGGAGGCAGCCGCAUCUCAGCGUCAGUCACAGGAACAAAAACGUCCUCGGAACAACACAUCGAGACUUCGGGCCUUGGGCCUACCUGACUCUUUCAGCUGGAUCGCAGAUCCUAACAUUGAUAGUGCAAUGGCACACUUCUUCACCCUUGCGCAAAAGAAGGAGAUGCUCAACGAAGCGGAAGCGAAGGACCUGCGACUGAAGAUCAGGGCUGUGGCGCGGAUGUCGCCUGAGUCGUAUGCUAAAUACCUGGGGAACUUGGAAAUCAUCUAUCAGCUCGCACAAAAGCUUUCUGCCAAUGUUCCAGGAUCGAUGCACGUUGGGUACGCAUCGGAUGAAAGCGAUACAGGGAGUUCAGACGAUUAUAUGGAGGAGGAAACGGACGAAGACAUCGAAUUUGAUACUAAUGCCAGGAUCACGCAGUUUGACUGGGGCUGGUGA